UGUUGGAUUAACCUUGAUUCUAUCAACUAGGCUUGUUGCGUUGAACAUUAUAGUAUCACCAUUGUGCUAGGUACUACCAGAGCAUCACCUUGGCCGCGGAAGUAUCACCAUGGCGGAAAGCAAGCCCAUAAUCAAGCUUCACUGGCUCAAUGGCUCUCGUGCUCAGGGAAUCUUGUUUCUCCUUGAGGAGCUGGAGGUGCCGUAUGAGCUGCAGGUCUACCACAGGACCAAGGACAUGCUCGCGCCACCCGAGCUUGCCGAGCUCCACCCACUGGGCAAGUCGCCCGUGGUGACCAUCACGACACAGGACUCGUCGGCGCCGCCGCUGGUGCUGGCGGAGUCCGGCUUCAUCAUCGACUACCUCUGCGACCACUUCGGCGCGGGCAAGAACCUCGUGCCGAAGCGCUGGAAGGACGGCCAGGAGGGCAAGCCUGGGGGAGAGACGGAGGAGUGGCUCCGGUUCCGCUAUCUGCUAUACUACCCAGAGGGCAGUCUCGCGCCCUACCUCUUCAUGACGAUCCUGCUCAAUGGCCUCAAGGGGUCUAGGAUACCGUUUCUGGUCAGGCCGAUCACGUCGGCGGUGGCUUCGCGGGUCAUGGGCAUGCUGGUCGUCCCCAACCUAAAGAAGCAGCUCGGGUUCCUGGAGAAGCAGCUCGAGACGUCACCCGGUGGCGGUGAUUACCUCUGCGGCAAAGACCUGACGGCGGGAGACAUCUCGCUGGCGUUCCCUAUCCUGUGGGGAAAGACCGAGUUUGGGGGCAUGGGCUUGACGGAGGCGGACUUUCCCCGAGCUUUCGCCUACAUGGAGCGGCUCGAGGCGCGGCCGGGGUGGAAGCGAGCGGCCGACAAGAUUCGAGAGAUGGACGGCAGCUACUCUCUCUUGCCGCAGCAUUGAGCCUAUCAAGGGAGCUGGGGCUUCGCCUGGGGAUCGCUGAAGGAUCGAUGCAGGAAGGCACAGCCACGGUUUGGCACCGGUGGUGAUGUAAAAUACGAGAUACGAGUAUAUCUAGGUGGUACUUUGGGCAAGGCAGCGCCGGCUGAUGUCAGCUUCAAUCUUCGCUCCGAGACCCUCACAAAAAAGACGGCAGUCUUACAGGAGGUCCCAAAGACUGGGUAAAUUUGUUAGUGCUAUUUGAUUAGUGGUGCCUCCAUACCACAUGCAGCUGAGGCAGGCACC